AUGGCUUUGCAAAGCAGGAUUAAGCCUUUCGAUGUCACUACUGACACCAGCCAGUUGCCAACCGAGUGGGAAGUUUGGAAACUGGAUUUAGAGUCGUUUUUCGUAGCCCAAGGCAUAGAGAAACAAUCAGAUAAACGAGCGCAGCUGGCCUAUCUCGGUGGACCAGGUCUGCAAGGAUUGAUUCGUCACCUACCAGGAAUAGAUCAAGUACCCCACGUUGCAAUCGACCCGCCUUACUACGACGUGGCCAUAAGGUGCCUUGACGAAUACUUUGAGCCUUUCCGCCGUAAGACGUAUGAACGACACCUGUUUCAUCAGAUUACGCAACAAUCUGGUGAAAGAUUCACGGAUUUUAUCAUGCGGUUGCGAAAACAGAUUGCGAGAUGUAAUUACGAUCCGGUCGUGGUGGAUGAGCUCAUCGCCGACAGGAUUGCCCAGGGAUGUAUUUCUGAAGAGUUACGCACAAAAUUGUUGCAGAAGGAUCGCACAUUGGACGAAGUGAUCUCUUUGGGUACAAGCAUGGCAGAGUCAUACCACCAAUCGAAGAAAUUGAGCCGGCCUAUUGAGCGUCAGGAACAGAAUGUGUAUACGGUAUUAAAUCGAUCUUUCCGAAACACAGCGCAAUCAUUCAAGCGCCAAUCUGGCUAUCAACCCAGACAUCAGCCUAACAAUCGAUUCAUCUGUUAUGGUUGUGGACGUCGAGGGCAUACCCAUGGAAGCAAUGAAUGCCCGGCUAAACAGACAAAGUGUGCUGCUUGUGGGAAGAUUGGGCACUGGGCGAAACGUUGUUACAGCAACGGGGGUUUGAAGCGUCGAUUGGACGUUCCCGCUUCAUGUCCUAAGGCGAAGAAGGUCCGUGCGGUAUCUGAGGAAAUUGAGAAAGGUCAAUCGAAGGAUUAUGUUUUCUACGCUAUGGGAGGAAAUGUCUUUACAUUCAAAAUUGGAGGAGUUCAGGUACCCAUGACCAUCGACUCAGGUUCGGACGCGAACAUUAUCACUCAAACCAUAUGGGAACAAUUGAAAGAAGCUAAGGUAAAUGUAAUAGACAUGACUGCAAAAGCAGACAGAUCACUCGUUGGUUAUGCCAGUAAGCAACCCAUGAAAAUUACCGGAACAUUCAAUGCGGAGAUAGAAGCAGGUCAGAAUAAGACGAUUGCCAAAUUCUAUGUGGUCGAAGAUGGCCAACGCUGUUUACUUGGAGACCACACAGCGAAAUCCCUGAAUGUACUGAAAGUUGGAUACAAUGUGGAUACAGUCGAAUCAAUCGCAACAUCGCCAUUCCCUAAAAUCCGAGGGGUGGUUAUCGAGAUACCAAUCGAUAACAACAUCCAACCAGUACAACAAUCGUACAGAAGGCCUCCGAUUGCUUGGGAAUCAAAAAUAGAGGAAAAGCUGCGUUCCCUAUUGGAAAUGGACAUCAUUGAGCCGGAACCAGGCCCAUCCGCUUGGGUAUCACCUGUUGUGCCAGUGAUGAAGGACUCUGGUGAAAUUCGUUUGUGCAUUGACAUGCGCAGAGCCAACGAAGCUGUGCUGCGCGAGUCACACCCAUUACCCCUUGUGGACGAGCUGCUUGGAUCUGUGUGCGGGGCCGUACGAUUUUCAAAAAUUGACAUCAAAGACGCCUAUCAUCAGGUCGAAAUAUCGGAGCGCUCAACACCAAUCACCACGUUUAUUACCAAGAAGGGACUUUUCAGGUAG